UCACACAACUACAAAUAAACAUAAAUCUUCUUCAUUAUAAGAAAAACAUGGCAUUUUCAUCACAUUGGCAUGACAAGUACAAGUUGAUUGUGCCUAAGAUUGUUCUACUAGUUGCUGCCAUGGUCAGCACUACCGCCUUCGCUGCAGGCAGCUUCAGGGAUGAGUUUCAGCCCACAUUUGGUGACAAUAGAGUUCGGAUCUUCGGUCAAGAUGGCCGGCUCUUAUCCCUUACCCUAGAUAAGUACACUGGAUCCGGGUUUCGGUCCAAGAAGGAAUACUUGUAUGGGAGGAUUGAUAUGCAAAUUAAACUCGUUCAUGGUAACUCUGCUGGCACCGUCACAACGUUUUAUAUGUCAGCUGAUCAAACCACAGGUAUACAUGAUGAGAUUGAUUUCGAGUUCUUGGGAAACUCGAGUGGUAAUCCUUACACCGUCCACACGAAUGUGUUCAGCCAGGGUAAAGGAAGCAGGGAGCAGCAAUUUAAACUAUGGUUUGAUCCUACCAAGAACUUCCAUACUUACUCCAUUGUUUGGAACACAAAACUCAUCAUGUUUUUGGUGGAUGAAACACCAAUAAGAAUAUUCAGAAACCAUGAGAAACAUGGAGUUGCAUUCCCAAAGAACCAGCCUAUGACGAUACACUCUAGCCUUUGGAAUGCUGACGAUUGGGCUACUCAAGGUGGUUUGGUGAAGACAGAUUGGUCCAAGGCCCCCUUCACUGCCUACUACCGUAACUUCAAUAUAGAUGCCUGUGUUGUAGGUAGCAGCUCCUCCUCUUGUGCUUUUGAACCCGAGGCUUCCACCAACUCUGAAAGGCCGGCUAAUGGAGGGACUACGCAUGCUUCAUGGAGGAGCCAUGAUCUCGAUGCAAAUGGCAGGAAAAGAAUGAGAUGGGUGCAUAAGCAUUUUAAGGUUUAUGAUUAUUGUAGCGAUUCAAAGCGAUUUCCUCAAGGCUAUCCUACUGAGUGCAAGCACAACAGGGUUUAAAGGAUUGAAGAGAAAACUAAAUCCUUGUCAUAUCAACGCAUCUAUGGCUAAAAUUAAAUUAAAUUAAUUUGAUUUUAUUUUUUUUCAUAUUGAAAAUUCUUUGUAUUUGAUUGUUCAAUAAAUUAUUUACAUUCUUUGAUUCAUAAAAAAAAAAGGUCCUGUUUUAGUCCUUUUGAA